AUCGCUUUACUCAAUCAAACACUGAUUGAUGUCGAGGACUGGCGAACAUACUGGCGGGCCGCUUGACCCACUUGUCUUUGACGUCGUGUCUGUGAGCUCGACGAUGCAAUGACGGGUGCAGAGUUAAUGCACCUGAAACCAGAUCGACAUGGCAGCUCGAGCCGGAGGCAGCAGCAGCAGCAGCAGUGCACCUGCUGUCCAUCAAGCUGAGUCUGCCACCUCAAACGCGAACCUGUCGACCUCGCCAAGCACCCAUGCGCAUGCAAAUGCUGCGUGGUACAAUGACAUCCUUUCGCGGCUCGGCAAGCAGCCGCACUGGCCGCAGGCAAAGGAGCAGGCAAUCAUGGAGCCAUACUCCUACCUUGAUGCGCACCCGGGAAAGGAAGUACGCUCUCAGCUGAUACAUGCUUUCAACGAGUGGCUGCAAGUACCUGACGCAAAGCUGGACAUCAUCCGAAAGGUGGUGCGAAUGCUGCACACCGCCUCGCUGCUCAUGGACGAUGUCGAAGAUAAUUCAGACUUGCGUCGCGGUAUACCCGUUGCACAUCGGAUUUACGGCAUUCCACAAACCAUCAACACGGCCAAUUACGUCUACUUUCUAGUCUUCGAAGAGAUCUUCAAGAUGUCUUCCUCGCAUGACUCGGCAUAUCCGCUCGCAGCUGGUCGCGUGGAGCGUCUCGUUGCCGAAGAGAUGAUUAAUCUGCACAGAGGCCAAGGCAUGGAUCUUUUCUGGCGCGACUCUCUCACCUGCCCGACUGAAGAGGAAUAUGUUGAGAUGGUGAUCAACAAGACGGGUGGACUCUUCCGAAUAGCGCUCAAGCUCAUGAUGGCACACAGUCCCCUCUUCGUUGCUUCUAACGAUGCUUCGCCGAAGCCAAGGCGGGCAUCGCCGCCGAAUCUGCUACCGCUCGCGGACCUCAUUGGCCUGCUCUUUCAGAUCCGCGAUGACUACAUGAACUUGCAGUCGUCCGAAUACGCUGAUAACAAGGGUUUCGCCGAGGACUUGACAGAGGGCAAGUUCAGCUUCCCAAUUAUUCACGCCAUUCGCAGCAGUGUCGCUAUAUCUCCGAUCUCUCAUGUCUCCAGAGCGCUCGAUUCAUCAACCUCACCAGCCGGAACGUCAACUCCUCCGGUGGUAUCAUUUGCAGACCCGUUCAGGCCCAUAAUUGCAGGCGACGAAGCAGAAGCACCGUUUGGCUCCAGUUCAGUCAUGGCCACAGCGCCGAAUCGCCAAAUCCUCAACGUCCUCAAGCAGCGUCCGACUGAUCUGGCAACUAAGUCGUAUGCCGUCUCGUACAUGCGCGAAGCGACCAAAUCGUUCAACUACACGCGCGACGUUCUGCGACGACUCGAUGUGCAGGCUCGCGCCGAAGUUGUGCGCAUACAGGCCGAAUUAGCCUCGGACGCAGAUGCCGCCGCGGGCGCAAGGACCGGCGCCACUGGUCUACUCAAGAUUCUCGAUGCCUUGCGUUCUGGCUGGUACGACGUGCACGAUGACCCUUGACCACUGCGCAUUUGUACCCGCACUUGCACACUCGAUUAGCAUUCUGUAUCAUAUGCAUACACACGCAACACAAUAUGACUCAUCA